CAGACGUGGGGAUGACAGAGACAUCUGGGGACAACAGUCUUCGUUUCGAGGUGUGGUUCAGACGCAGGACCAGUAAGAACCAGACGUAUGUUCUGCAGGCCUCCAACACAGACGUCAAACACGCCUGGACCACCGACAUCGCACGUAUCCUCUGGCAGCAGGCUACACGGAACAAAGAGAUCCGUAAUCAGGAGAUGGUUUCCAUGGGAGUGGGUAACAAGCCGUUCCUGGACAUUAAACCCAGCGACGCUGCGAUCAACGACAGGGCUAUAGACUACAUCAUGAAGGGCCGAGGCGCCAGAUCUCGAGCCUCCAUCGCUGUGUCCCUGUUCGACCACUCCAACCCCUUCAAGCGGACAGCGUCGGGUAACGGGGCCCCUGCUGCGUCUGGCUCCUGCACUCUCCUGGGGCCCCUCAACCUGCACAUGUACAGCAGCCACAGCCAGGCCCUGCUGCCCGGGGGAGAGAGGCCCUUCAUCAGCCCGUGUAUGGAGGAAGACGAGAUGGAGCACGAGACCAGCAGCCAGCCAUCCAUGAGUACAUACUGUAUAGAUCAUCCAUCCAUGACUACAGAGAGCUCAGGUUCAUCGUCCCACUGUCUGUCCGGCAGCGGUUCCAGUGGUUCAGACAGUGGCUGUGUGUCCAGCCACCUCCCUGAGGAUCCCUCGUUCCCCUGCCGUCCCCCGUCCGACGCUGUAACGUCCCCCAGCCUCCCCAAAGACAAGCCGCGUUACAACAGCCAGUACAUUUCAGCUGUCUGAUAUCCAGGAAGACACUAUUUCCACGCCAAGGAAGACAGACGAGACAAAUAUGUAUUUAUUUUCUCGCGUUGCCAGCAGCAACUCUCAUCUCACAUGGACACUGAAAAGACCUGGGACUGUUUU